AUGACUUCUUCGUCGAAUCAUAUGCCAAUCUGUUUAUUUUGUAAUUGUCCGUCACAAUGUAGUCUUGGGCAAGGUGAUUUGAUUUUAAUCCAGUCCCCUCCAGAACAAUCCCAGCCAAUCAUUACUUCAACAUCUCGAAAUCUAGAAGAUAUUCCUAUCGAUAAGCGAAAUAAUUUUAUAUUGGAAACUGGAAAAAUCAUUGUUCCAGUUGAUUCAGAAUUAUUCAGCGUUGGCUUUCGAUCGCCAGCAGAUGUUCAAACCAAUGGGAACUUUUGGGUACAUGAGCGAUGUUUAAAAUGGUCAUUAAUAGACGGUGAUAAAAUCAACGAUCAGAAUCAUAUUCGUACGACUGUUAUCAAUGCUACUAAUCAGAAAUGUACAAUAUGCGAUCGUUAUGGCGCAUCUCUUUCGUGUCGGAAUGAAGCCUGUUCAUUGAAAUAUCAUUUACCAUGUGCUCAGUCAUCUGGUUCUUUCUUCUCUCAUUCUCAAUCGGCAUUUCUCUGUCCGGAACAUCUAGAUUCCGUUGUAUCCAUGUUCGGUGUGGAAUCAUCGUCAUGUGAAGCAUGUUCAGAACCAGGCGACGUUCGUGGACAACUAUUUUGUACAAAUUGUGAUAAACAUUAUCAUGCUGAAUGUCUGAUGCUUGAAGCCAAUCGUGUCGUUCGAACAGGUUGGCGUUGUCCUGACUGCAAAAUUUGUCAAACGUGUCGACAGUCAGGCGACGACGCUGAAAUGAUUAUGUGUAAUGUUUGUGAUAAAGGUUAUCAUACAUUUUGUUUACGAAACCAAUCGAUACCGAAGGACGGAUGGAGUUGUUCAAGUUGUUUGUCGUUAACAAACAAGACGCCGACGACGAAAACAAUUUGCUCUUUGUGCCAAAAUGAGAUUUUCUCGAAACAUAGUACCAGACAAUGCCAUUCAUGUCAAACACGAAUACAUUCAUCAUGUCAUUCAAUCAACGAUGACUACUACGAUGAUGAUACUGCUUACAUAUGUCGAACAUGUUCAAUAUCGUCAGUCACAAGUUUACCUAUGGAUGAAGGCGAUGAUGACGAUGAUCAAAAGGAAAUUUAUCGAUCGACAUCAGUGUCGAAAAUCAAUAGAUUUAUUAGCAAAUCACAAAAAUCAAGUAAUUCACCGGGAACUUCGCCGGCAAGUGGUAUAUCGACGCGUAAACGUCGCAGUAUUGAUUAUAGUCAACAAUCUUCACUUGAAUAUACGCCAGGUGGUGGUGAUAGCAGCGAAAUGACCACACCGACGACAGCCAACAGCCAACAACAAGAAGCUCCACUGAUUUUCGAAUCUUUGUCUAGUAUUAAAGAUGAGUCGUCAGAACACUCAAUGGAUUUACCUAUGGCAACGACCAUGAGUUUGCCUAUUAAACAAGAAGAUGAUGAUCAACCAGUAUUCCAGCAGCCAAUGAAGUCUUUGCGCACGCAAACAAGUCAGAAAUCUGGUAAAGGAAAGCCGGUUUUCGAAAAUCGUACUUACGGUGGAGAAAUUAGUAAAAAACGUGCAAGACGAGCAUUGAAUAACGGUCAUCGUCGUGCAUCUUCGCCUCAAUCUUCGUUGGCAGCAACGACUCAGCCAACAACUAGUAAUCAGUCACGUACUGGCACAGCAACUGGAACUGGUUGCCGUGGUCGACCACCAAAGAUUCGAAAAGAUCUUCCUACACAAUCAUCGAGUGUCGAUGAAACAGCAACAAUACAAAUGAAUCUAUUGAAUACGAGCGGUGGAAGCACAGGCAGCACAUAUACAGUUGGAGCUGUGAAACGUGAUGACGAUGAACAUCAUGCUGUCACGGUGUUGUGCGCAUCAGAUGAAUUGUAUACUCUGGGACAAGAUAUGUGUGUCAGUUGUGGUAGUUUUGGGUUAGACGAAGAAGGACGUCUUAUUUCAUGUACACAAUGUGGUCAAUCUUACCAUUCAUAUUGCGCCGGAUCAAUUAAACUAUCAAAAGUCAUUCUGAAACAAGGCUGGCGAUGCUUAGAUUGUACUGUAUGUGAAGGUUGUGGAAAACCGACGGAUGAGUCUCGUCUGUUGCUAUGCGAUGAUUGCGAUAUAUCUUAUCAUACGUAUUGUUUGCAACCACCACUUGAUCAAGUUCCAAAAGGCAAUUGGAAAUGUCAAUGGUGUGUUCGCUGUCAGAAAUGUGGCUCAACGAAUCCAGGUCCGUCAGGUUCAUGUUGUUUAUGGGAAAAUAAUUAUACUGAAUGUGCGCCCUGUCAUUCACUUGUCAUUUGUCCACUUUGUUCAAAAUCAUAUCGUACAGAUGACCUUAUUGUUCAAUGUACUGUAUGCGAUCGGUGGUUACAUGGUUCAUGUGAACAUAUUUUAUCAGAAGAUUCAACUUUAUCAACGACGGGGGAUUUCGUUUGCUCAUUAUGUCGACCAAAUUCACUGCUAACAUCUACAAAUGAAACACUGCCAUCAUUGUCGUCACCAAAGUCCUCUUCACCAUCAGAUCAAGCACCAUUAUUAGUCGUUGCAACAAACUUGUCAGCAUUGAAUCAAUCCAUUGGAUCUCAGCCACAACUACCGACACCAAAGGCAACUAAACUAGACGAAGGUGUAUAUCUCACUGAUACUGGAUUAUCACAGUUGAAGUCCAUUCGUGUAAAGCCAUUGCCGAAAAAAGCGGCAGCUGCUAUCGCUGUGACCGGCAAUUCGAAAUUGAAACGUGGUGGCCAAGCAAAUUACAUUGUGGGCGGAGUAAAGAGAAAUAAUUCGAGUUCAAUUCAAGAUGAUGAGAUGCUAGGAAAUAGCGUCACUGGUGGCGGCAGUGGAACGAGUGAUGAUGAAGGAACGAAAAAAGCAACAGCAACAGUACCUACGGCCAAAGCUGCGAAAGGUUACACUGGUAUUGGUGGCUUUCAUGUGAAAAUUCGUGGUCAACGUCGUCGACAAGAUGUACCAGCAACGGAUCUUGGUCAAGAUGAUAACGCUCACGAUGAGUCUUCUACAAUCAAACGUAAACGUGAUCGUCGACCAUUGAAAAAGAAAAGCGUUCUCGAAGAGCACAUGCCACCAGAAAUGCAAGAAGCUUUCUUCGGAUGCGGCCUUGCCGAGAAGAGCCGUCUCAUGGCUCAGCACAAUAUGCCUAUCGCACCUUUACAAUUAAAUGAUCAAACAACAGUUAUGAAUACGUCAAAUAAUAAUGAAUAUACGAUCAAAUUGGAUCAUGAUACAAUCAAUCGUUUUGUAAUCAAACGAGCAACCAAAUUAGCGUUAGGUGCAAAAGAAGAGCCACGCCAGCCACCUGCAGCCCCUGUGACAGCACCGUCUAGCUCAAUUCAACCACCGCCGAUUCCAGUAGCUGCUGAUGAUGAAAAUGAUAUGCAAGCUAUUCUUGACAAUGAAGAAUUUUGUAAUUUUGUCGAAUAUAUGAUGAAUACAUCGAAGACAACACAAGAUCCCAUGUUACCACUUUGUGGUCCUACGGAUAUCGAAGAUUUUCUCGAAUUCAUUGAACAUCCCGAAACACAUAAUGAAUUACAAGCUGUCGAUCUUCUCAAUAAUGCUAAUCCGACGAAUCCAAAUCCUUCGGUAUCGAACUCAAAUAAUUCUGUUCAAGUCAUACAAUCUCAUCAAACGACGAUGAUCACGUCUACUUCAGUGUCUCAUCACGCAGGAAAUUCUCAAGUACCGCUAGCUACUCCGACAUCAAAUCUUGUUGUUAUGGCAACGAAUGUGAAUGACAAUUCUAAACAGAUUAUAAACAAUUUAGCCAGGGAAAUGAUGGAAUCGACAGGUUUACAUACAACAAAUACAGCAUCGAUCUUACCACAAACGAAUAUUACCAAUACUACACUUCUUGUAAAGCAAGAAUUUCAUGACCACUCACUACAGGCAAAUCAAAUGAUGCUGUCGCAACAACAACAACCACCGCCACCACUACCCCAGCAGCAGCAGCAGCAGCAGCAGCAACAACAACAACAACAAAGCUGGCCUCAGCAACAAACCAUGAUACGUAUGCCAUUGAUGUCAUCGGCUACGCCACCUACACCAGCGAGUACAACGCCAACACAAGAUCGAUCUGGCUCAUCUACUGCCGAACAUAGUAAUUUGAUGGAGCGAACACGCGAAGAUGAAUUAUUGGGUACGAAUGCAACGAUGUCUAACGUGCUCUAUUGCAAUGUUAAUCAUCCUGAUUUGAAACAACAGUUUCCUGAUUUCAACGAACGGUUCAAACAGAUGAAAAAGAUCUGGCGAAAAGUUCCUGCCGACGCCAAACAAAACUAUACACAACAAGCACGUUUGAAUCGUACGAAACGACGUGUAUUGAAAAGUACCAGCAGUCAAUCAUCUGUAACAUCCAAAGGUACUAAACGAAAAAAUUCUUCGAAGCAACAAUCAAGUGAACCUGAGGACAAUAACAAUGAUGGUAGAGCUGGUAGUGAAAGUCGUUCAUCAACGCCUUCGUCCUCGACUACGAACGAAGCCACUACUAUUGUUCUUCAUCCAACUGAACUUCAAGAUCAUUCGGCACCACAUAUGUAUCAGCAAGCAAGACAAAUGUAUUCGCCUGGUAGUGGAAAUUUGAUGGCCAAUACACCGAACACUGCUUCACCUUUUCAUCUUCAAUCGUAUGCCACACAACCACCACAACAGCAACAACUACAAAGACCACCGAUGCAACAACAACAACAACAACAACAGCCUGGAUAUGGUACUGUUGUAUCUGCAUCGGUUGGAUAUCCUCCAUCGCAACGAUUCAAUUUUCCACCGCAGCAGCAAGGCCCACCUUCACAACAACAAUCUCAAAGUUCACCAUAUUUUGAGUAUGCACCAUCGACACCUCGGCCUGUACUUCAUCAAACAUCAUCAGCAGAAUCAACACCUAUUCUUCAUUCGACUACGAAUCCAGGUAACAAUCCUAUUCGAAAAUCGACGUCAUCGUCAGACGCGAAUACACCUUACCAUCAUGUUUCGCCUAUGGAUGACACAUCUCCAUAUCACCAGCAACAAUCGCCAUAUGCAAAUCAAAAUCAAAUGAAACCUCAGCCUCAGCAGCAACCACAAUUAUUACCGCGUGGAAUGACACCAAGACCACAACAGAUCAUGCCGCGAUUUCCGCAACAGGAUGCAUCCAAUUUCGUUCGAACACCUUCUUCAGCUGGUGCACCUGGUCCACCGACACGAUUUAUUUUUGCAUCACCACCCAAUCAACAACAACAACAACAACCAACACAUUACGUGCAAUAUACUCAACAAGGACAAGGACAACAUACGGUUGUUGUACAACAAGGUACAACGGAAGUAUUUCAACGAAUGCCAGAAAGCCCGGUACAUCAGCAUAUGCAGCAGCAACAUCAUCAAGUGUCACCACAAUUCAGUCCACAUCAUCGCCCAAUGACACCUAAUUCACAACAGCAACAACAACAUCCCAUGGUAAUCCAGCAGCAGCAACAACAGCAGCCGCCACACCCACAUAUGUCACCCUACCCAUCCCAACAACAACAACAGCAGCAGCAACAACAACAGCAACCGCCACAAUCGAUGCAUCAUCCGCAUCCACAGCAUUCGCCGACGAUUGUUGUUCAACCGUCUCCACAAUUUUCUCCUUCAUCAGUUCAUCAUCAUCAAUUGACACUGUCAACAAGUGGACAUCAAUCACCACCUACUGAUCCAAACAAACGGCUGAUAUCGAUGCAAAAACCACCUCAACAAUUGCUGGUGAAGCAUGAUUCAAUAUCGUUCGAUGAGCAACAAAUCAAGUCGGAAGUACACGAUGAUUCGUUGAAUGAAUCAAUCAAUAUAACUAAAGGAAGAGCUGAUCCAUUACAAUCUGUUCCACCGCAUGUUCUCGAGCAAAUCGAUGAAGUAAUCAAUGAUGUUGUUUCCGGUGCUGGUGUUAUUCCUCAAGACCUUCCUACAACGCCUCAUCCACCUUCGAUACCUGUUCAAAUUGUACCUUUGCCUCAACCAAAAAUUCAAGCUCAACACAUGAUUACCACUCAUCAUCCGUACGUUCAACAGCAAUCACACGAAUGGUCGAAUUACCAACAACAACCUACCUUAAACAUUGCUGCCGUACGUGGUCCACCCUCAUACACUCACUAUCAUCCAUCACAACAACAGCAUCAUCAUGAUCUCUUGCCGGCGACAACGAACGUCAUCAACACUGCUGGUGUUCCUCAACAUGAACAACAGCAAAUCGUUGCUGAACGUAUUUCAUCGAUCCUAGCAUCGUCACCCCAUGAACAACAACAAACCAAUUUAACUCAAGCGCCCAUUCAAAUCAAAUGUGCAUGGCCGAUGAAUCAACAUCCUCAAACUGAUAGUCACUUUCUGGAUUUACUUUCACACUCGACAAUCUUGACAAUCGCCGUUAAUGGCGAUGCAGCUACUACUGCUGAUCCAUCGAUUUCACUUGAAGAUUUACUCGAAAGAGAUUUCAAAGACAAACAACAACAACAGCAACAACAACAACAACAAUCGGCUCCGCUGACGGAAUGGACGCCCGUAGAACGAACCGGCAAAACAUCAAAUACGGCAGUAGCCCAGCAAACUCCAUUAAGUCUCGCCCAUGCCGUUCAUCUCCUUCAACAAGCAAUUACUCAUCCAUUGUAUCAGCAAUCACCGCCACCAGAAUUAAGCGGAUUAAUCAGUGUUGGACGUGACAAUGAUCUGACGAAUAAUAAUGCUGGCAUCAAUGAAGAACAAUUCGAUCGUUACGCACGAUGGUUGAAACAACGACGAGAAAUCAACAGUUUAAGAAUCAAAGCAGAUGAAACAAAUCUAGCAGAUAUCAAGAAAAAACGAAAUAUUCUUCUCAAGAAACAGAAACAAUCAUUAUGCACACCUGAAGAAGAACAAGAAAUGCCACGUUUAUCUCAGCAGCAAACGGAAUAUUCGCGAACACUGACAGCAAUGCGCAAGGAACGCAAGCAGUUCGAUGAAUUAGAACAAGCUUUUCUUGUUUAUAAACAAAGUCGAUUGAAUACAUUAUUCGCUCCGAAAUCAUCACCUGCGCCAACUGAUCAACAGCCAGACACCAUUGUUCGUAUGAUGUCUAUGAAUAAUGUUUCUCAAACAUCUGCUAUUCAACAACCUCAACGAUUUCUCUCGGAACAACCAUCAACAGUAAUGACAUUUACUUCAGCAGCAAUAAAUGAUGAGCAAGACGAUUUCGCGAACGAUGAUCAAACGUCAUUGUCCCCCUCAGCUUCAACUAAUUUACAACCCAAGCCAUCAACGUUCCAAUUACAAGAAAAUCCUUCAAUGAACGUGACGUUGUCGUCCAUUCCCAGUUCAUCAUCUUCUUCAACUUCGUUCCUUACACCUACUCAACCGUCGACAUCUUCCAUCAAUGAACCAUCAUCAAUGGAUGUGCAACAAAUGACAAGUAGUCCUAAUCAUGAAAACGAAAGUAUUCCAUUCGAACCGUGUCGAAGCUCACCAAAUGCUCCUCCCGCUCCUCCUAUUGCUCAAGAAGACAAAUCUGCGUCAUUAAUUACAUCGAAUGUUGUUGACGAAGCCAAGCAAUGA